GUAUGUAAUAAAUGACUCGUGUCACUGCGCUCUGCAGGUUACAUGUAUGUAAUAAAUGACUCGUGUCACUGCGCUCUGCAGGUUACGGUCUGCACUGCCACCGCGCCGUCAUCACCAUGUGCAAGCUGAUCGGCAUCAAGGACAUGUACUGCAAGGUGGAGGGCUCCGUCAACCUGCUGAACAUCACCAGGGCGCUCUUCACCGGGCUGGCCAGUCAGGAGGUCCACCAGACGCUGGCCGACAAGAAGCGGCUCCACGUGGUGGAGUACCAGGCGCAGCGGGGGCCGCUGCCCCGGGUGGUGGCCAGCCCCGAGGGGGGGGCCCGAGCCCAGCCGGAGGCCCCGGACGAGGUGCCCGACACCCGGCUCAACUGGGACGACGUGCGGGCGGCGCAGGGGGUCAAACGCUCCAUCUGGGGGGGGGUGAAGCGCACCAUCUGGUAGCCUCCCCCUGAAGAGGAGGAAUGUCCAUCUCCCAGAAUGCAUCAGUCAGACCAACAGUGACACAAUGUUAACGUCGUUUCUUCCACCUUGAACUGCAAAAUAUGUCAAUGUAAUAAAAUGUGUCUCUGAACACGCGUGAGAUGAA